UUCCCAAUUAGCCACCUAGCUAGUUUGGUUGCUAUAAAAAUCCAUACAAGCCAGAAAGACAAGGCCAAGUGUUGCGAACGUACCUACAACUCCUAGUUAACCUCACUCUUGUCACUCGGUCACCCUUUUCUCUCUUCCACUCUUUUGAAGCUCUCUCUCGUUUGUAUUUAUUUCGAAGCCACCGUUUCCACAAAUUGGUCUAGUACUCGUCCUAAUUUUCAAAAUAUAACGAAAACCCAUCUCUCUCUAGCUUUUUUCUUCCUUUCAUUUCCUAUACUUGAUCUUAACCCUCUUCAAUUAAUCCUAAAGCUAGCUUUUCUGUCUCAGUUUGAACUUGUGAUUCUUGUUCGGUACCACCAUAUCUACACACACACAGACACACACAAAGUUGUCAUCGCUAAAAAGAGCAAUCAUCGAAAAGUGAUUGGAGGCAAAACAGAAGAAGGAAAUGGGAAUAGAAGGAACUUUGGAGUACUUGUCUGAUCUACUAAGCCGCAAGAAAAAGAAAAAGAAGCAAAUACAAACUGUAGCUCUCAAAGUCAGGAUGGACUGCGAGGGUUGCGCUCGGAAGAUGAAGAAAGUACUCUCCGAGGUUAAAGGGGCUAAAUCAGUAGACGUGGAUUUGAAGCAGCAGAAGGUGACGGUGACCGGGUACGUAGAGGCGAAGAAAGUGUUGAAGGCAGCUCAGGCAACGAAGAAGAAAGUGGAGAUGUGGCCUUAUGUUCCAUACAAUCUGGUUGCAAAUCCUUAUGUUGCUCCCGCCUAUGACAAGAAAGCUCCUCCUAACAUGGUCAGAAGCGUUCCUAACACAGUCACCAUCACCCAGACCACCGUUGACGAUAGCUACACCAACAUCUUCAGUGAUGAAAACCCAAAUUCUUGCUCUAUCAUGUAGCACAAAUUACUUUACAUAAAGUUAUGUUAUUAUUAUUAUGUAUUAAGAGGAUGGUUUCGGUUUUUGUCAAGGGGUUGUAAUUAAUCAGCCUUUCCUUUUUUCUUUUUCUUUUGUGAGAUAUGUUAGUCGUUAUGUUGCAGUUUGUUGUUUGGCUCUGUGAAGAGGAAUCAAACGGCUUUGGAAGUUUUGAACA